AGCCCCUGCGGGACGGGGGCCGGCGUCGCUAUGGGUUCCUCGGCAGGUCUAGAGGAAGCGCUGGGCUACGUCCGCGAGUUCACACGCCACUCCUCCGACGUACUGGGCAAUUUGAAUGAGCUGCGCCUGCGCGGGAUCCUCACUGACGUCACGCUGCUGGUUGGCGGCCAACCUCUCCAAGCGCACAAGGCGGUUCUCAUCGCCUGCAGUGGUUUCUUCUAUUCAAUUUUCCGAGGCCGUACAGGAGUAGGGGUGGACGUGCUCUCCCUGCCCGGGGGCCCCGAAGCCGGAGGCUUUGCUCCUCUGCUGGAUUUCAUGUAUACUUCGCGCCUGCGCCUCUCUCCGGCCACCGCCCCAGCUGUCCUGGCAGCUGCCACCUAUUUGCAGAUGGAACAUGUGGUCCAGGCAUGCCACCGCUUCAUUCAGGCCAGCUAUGAACCUCUGGGCAUCUCCCUGCGUCCCCAGGAGGCAGAGCCCCCCACACCACCAACAGCCCCUCCGCCAGGCAGUCCCAGGCGCUCCGAAGGACACCCAGACCCACCUACUGAGUCCAGCUGCAGUCAAGAUCCCCCCAGUCCGGCCAGCCCAGACCCAAAAGCCUGCAAUUGGAAAAAGUACAAGUUCAUCGUGCUAAACUCUCAAGCCAGGAGUCUGUCAGGAGAGAGGAGUUCUGGUCACCCUUGCCCCCAAGCCAGGCUCCCCAGUGGAGAUGAGGCCUCCAGUAGCAGCAGCAGUGAAGAAGGCCCCAUCCCUGGUCCCCAGAGCAGGCUCUCUCCAGUUGCUGCCACCAUACAGUUCAAAUCUGGAACACCAGCCAAUACCCCUCAUCUCCUCACACCCCAGGCUCACAAGACCACUGGAUCGCCCUCUGAACGGGCUAAUCCACCACCAGGAAGUGACUUUUUCAGCUGCCAGAAGUGUGAGGCCAUGGCUGGGUGUGUGUCAGGGCUGGACCCCUUGGCUCCUGGGCAGGAGGACAAGCCCUACAAGUGUCAGCUGUGUCGCUCUGCCUUCCGCUACAAGGGCAACCUGGCCAGCCACCGAACCGUGCACACAGGAGAAAAACCCUACCACUGCUCUGUCUGCGGCGCCCGCUUCAACAGGCCCGCCAACCUGAAGACACACAGCCGCAUCCAUUCCGGAGAGAAGCCUUAUAAGUGUGAGACUUGCGGCUCCUGCUUUGUGCAGGUGGCUCAUCUACGUGCACACGUGCUGAUCCACACCGGGGAGAAACCCUACCCUUGCCCCACCUGUGGGACUCGCUUCCGCCAUCUACAAACCCUCAAGAGCCACGUUCGCAUCCACACGGGAGAGAAGCCUUACCACUGCGACCCCUGUGGCCUGCAUUUCCGGCACAAGAGUCAACUGCGGCUACAUCUGCGCCAAAAACACGGAGCUGCCACCAACACCAAAGUGCACUACCACAUUCUUGGGGCGCCCUAGCCGAGGCGGGCCCAGGUCCCCUUUGCCUCCUGGAAGCCAGGAUGCUGCAGGCUCAGGCCUGGCUUCUUCCGGGCCACACCAAGGCAAGGGAGUGGGCAAAGCCUCGACAGUAUCAGACACUGUUCCGCCACCUGGAUUUCUCCCCGGGAAGAGCUGGGGUGGCAGGUCCCGGCUAGAUCUGCCUCUGUUUUGCUGGCCAAAACCUCUUCCCCACAAUCAAAAUUGCCUUGGAGGAGAGAGCAAGCUAGGGGAGCAGAGAGAUUGGAGGGCUGAUUGCCCUAGGAGAACAGCCCUCCACCGUAGCCCCCCCACAUCUCAUUCGGUUUAUGUGUAAAUAUAAUUUAUUGAGGCCUUUGGGAGCUACCCAGGCCUUCAUUCAAUUGUCUUUCCCAUCCCACCCCUCCCUUCCACAGUUGUGAUAAAAAGUGACCCAAAACACAGCAUGUGGGGGUCACAGCUCUGCUGGCAGAGAUUAGCAUUUGGCUCUCUCCUUUGGCCUGAGUCUUUUGUAUUAUUGUUGUUAUUGUCAUAACUUCCACCUUUGGAGUGAGUGCUUCUGUGUCCGGUCUGUGUGCCUGAUGGGUUGUUUCGAACAGAGCGCGGGUUCCCUUUGUUCUGUCCCUUCAUCCCCAGGCCGGGAUACGUUUCCUUUGCUCCAGUGUAGUGUAGGUCUGGAGCAGAUGGGCAUUGUAGAAUUGGGUCAGGAACCCUCUCUGACAGUCUGGACAUUCCAGGUUCUCUAGCGGGCUAGAAUUGGACCUAGGUUUUUUCCUCUGUUCUUCAAGCACGACCAGAACCUUGCUGGUGAGCCGGAAAUGGAAGUGAAAUGCCCCCUAGCGGCAGCAGGUAUGGAAGUUGAUCGUCCCAGCAAGGUGGUCCAGAGCCUAAGCUGUCCACUCAUCUGGGUCUGGUUUCACUGCAGUUGUAAACACACAAGUCUAUACGUCUGUUGUGACCCUGGGUUUGAGGGAGCCCGUAAGCCUCCCAGGGAGGCCUGUUCUGGACUCCUGGUUGAUCAUUUCAUGAGAAAGAAGUCUAAGCUAUUUUAGUAGAAACUAUAUAACUUCUGGUUCUCCUAGGGGAGAAUUACAAAAUUCUGCCGUGUCUAAACCUGAGAUAUGACCCAUCCUGUACUGAAAAGGUGUCCAGAUUUUGAAAGGUGCUUUGGGCUGCCAGAUUUUGAAAGGUGCUUUGGGAAGGACCCCUUCUUCCUGGAACACUUUUGUGGGUAUUGUCUGGCAUCUCCCCUUUGCCUCUAAAUGUCACGGGUGCUUGGUAACUGCCUUACCUUUGAAAAGCUGGGUCCGUGACCCAGCCUUUUGGUCCCUGCCUUUGUGUCUGGACCCAGAGAAUGCACCGGUACCUUCCACAGGGAGGAAAAGGGGGCUGUUUCAUUUUGGAAUUGCUGUAGCUUAUGGUUGAUGUUAUUGAUGGGCUCUGAGGUUUAAAGAGUUGAUUGCAAUUGACUGACUGAUGGGCCAAAGGCCCCUAGUAGUUAAAAGGUAUCCCAGGAGGAUGGAGAGUUGGCUGAGGGGAGCAGUUUCGGGUAUCCGCCAAGUCGGGGGAAAGUUAGGACUGGGUUUGCCUCCUGGCUGGGCAGAGUUUCUGGAAUGUCACAUGAUAUUCCUUUAUUUACUGUCCUGCACCUUGGUGCCUGAGGACUUAUUUGAGUAUGAGGUGAGGGGUAGAGGGUAAGGAGCACUUUUGAAUUGGUGGUGGGGAACUUCCUCAUGAUAGGUCAGUACUAGUGGGCGACACUUAGGGACUGGUGACUACUACUGGUCACCUACUACUUAUAGGUCUCUUUCCCUCUCGCGCCCCAUGGCCACUGCAGAAUUGGAGGGAAAGCAGAGGGGAAGGGUGAGAAGGAACUACAGCUUGUAUUCAGCAGCUUGUAUGGUCAGGUGGAGAGG